AUGCGUCGUCCGCAAUAUCCGGGGCCUUAGACAAGGAUGAGCGGCGAUUUUCAAGAUGGCGGCGGAGGGAGGAGGGAAGGAGACGAACGAGAUUAAAACGCAAUUCACCACCCGGGAAGGCGUCUACAAACUCCUCACGCACUCCGAGUACAGCCGCCCUAAUCGGGUACCCUUCAACUCGCAGGGAUCCAACCCCGUAAGGGUCUCCUUCGUCAACGUCAACGACCAGUCGGGCAAUGGCGACAGGAUCUGCUUCAAUGUGGGCCGGGAGCUCUAUUUUUAUAUCUACAAAGGUGUGAGAAAGGCCGCCGACCUGAGCAAGCCCAUCGACAAGCGGCUAUACAAAGGCACGCAGCCCACGUGCCACGACUUCAACCCGCUCACGGCCACCGCCGAGAGCGUCUCGCUGCUGGUGGGCUUCUCGGCGGGCCAGGUGCAGCUCAUCGACCCGAUCAAGAAGGAGACGAGCAAGCUCUUCAAUGAAGAGAGACUGAUCGACAAGUCGCGCGUGACAUGCGUGCGCUGGGUCCCCGGUUCCGAGAGCCUCUUUUUGGUGGCCCAUUCCAGCGGCGCCAUGUACCUGUACAAUGUGGAGAACACGUGCGGCUCGGCGGCGCCCCACUACCAGCUCCUCAAGCAAGGGGACAACUACGCCGUGCACACCUGCAAGAGCAAGUCGGGCCGCAACCCUUUACUGCGCUGGACGGUGGGCGACGGCGCGCUCAACGAGUUCGCCUUCUCCCCGGAUGGUAAGUUCCUGGCGUGCGCCAGCCAGGACGGCUACCUGCGGGUGUUCGGCUUCGACGCCGCCGAGCUGCACGGCACCAUGAAGAGCUACUUUGGCGGUUUGCUUUGCGUGUGCUGGAGCCCCGACGGGCGUUACAUUGUGGCCGGCGGCGAGGACGACCUGGUGACGGUGUGGUCGUUCUCGGACUGCAGGGUGAUCGCCCGGGGACAUGGACACAAGUCGUGGGUGAGCGUGGUGGCCUUCGACCACUGCACCACCAGCGUGGAGGACGGCAUCGGCGGCGAGCCCCCCGCCGAGUUUAGCGGCAGCGACGAGGACUUCUACGAGCAUAUUCACUUUAGCGCGGGAAGGGAUCGGGCCAACAGCGCCCACUCCCGACUUUCCAAGAGAAACUCCACGGACAGCCGGCCCGUCAGCGUGACGUACCGGUUUGGGUCCGUCGGUCAGGAUACCCAGUUGUGUCUGUGGGACCUCACCGAGGACAUACUCUUCCCUCACCUACCUUUGUCUCGGACGAGGACUCACACUAACGUCAUGAAUGCCGCCAGCCCGCCGCCGCCUCCGGCGACGGCGGCAAACAUUUUCACUUCCGGCACCAAUGGCAAAGACAGCGUUAGCAAUAGCAGCACCGGCGGCAACACGCCAAACUCCCUCCCGGGGACGCUGCCUCGCUCCAACAGCUUACCGCAGUCGUCCACCCCGGCCGGCGGCGGCGGCGGCGGCGGCAGCACCCCCAACAGUCACACGGGCAGCAGCAGCAGCAGCAGUAGCAGCGCCGCCAAGGGUGGCGGCGGCGGCGGCAUCCUCGACAGCGCCCUGAUCGCGGCCGGCGUCGGCAAGUUUGCCACGCUGUCGCUGCACGAGACGCGCAAGGAGCGCUCGGAAAAGGAGCACAAGCGCAUGCUCAGCGCCGGCCAUAUCGGCAGCAAGAGCGGCGACAAGCUGAGCCAGCUGGGCGCCUCGCGGGCGGCCGCCGCCAAGGGCGACAACGCCAAGACGUUGGGCACGGCGCUGUGCCCGCUCAUGGAGGACGUGCCGCUGCUGGAGCCGCUGGUGUGCAAGAAGAUCGCCCACGAGAGACUGACGGUGUUGAUCUUCCUGGAGGACUGCCUGGUCACGGCUUGCCAGGAGGGCUUCGUUUGCACGUGGGCCAGGCCUGGGAAAGUGGGACUGCUGUCGUCUCAAAACAACCCCGCCAACUCGCCCGGUGGAACCGUCGUAUAACCCCUCCCCUCCUCCGACAUCCACAGAGGUGGUGGGUGACGAUCAAUCCGUGGAGGGGCGGCGGAACCUCGCCGCCUUGAGUCUGCAGUGAAAUGGGUGCUAUUUGACAAAGGGGGCGAGGAGCUUUAAGGUUUUUAUAGGAAGGGCUGUGACUGCUUCACUGUUCAUCCGACGGCGGCGGCUCUUAUCAGGCCUCGCCCGUCGUCUCGUUGGGGCGCUCUCCCGUUUUCUUCAUUUGAUGUGGUGGGCCUCGAAAAGGGAUCAAUAUUUUCAAGUGGCUGCAUAUAUCCUCCGCUAAUGGAGGUACGACUUCCUUAAAUCACACAAAGUGUAUUUGCACAAAUUCCUCCCUGGUGUGUGUGUGUGUGUGUGUGUGUGCGCGCGCGUGCGUGUUUUUAAUCCUCGCAAAAGAACACAAGCAGAUUUUGAAAGCACUUGGCUCGUCGGCGCCCUUUGUCUCCCACGUUAGAUGCUGCAAUCGCGUUCAUUUUAUUAUUAUUUUGGAAAACAAUGUUUGCACUUAACAGGUUUUUUUUUUUUCAAAGAGGGCAGAUGUACUUUUUUGGGGCGCAGGGUGUUAAAUAGAAGUAAAACUUUGUACCUAUUGUUCAUUUUAAUAUUGUUUUCCACAUGACAUGGGCUCUGUAUGAUAUGUAAAUAUUGGAAUGAUUUAUGGAGAUGAUUAUCAGUUGAGCCUGUUUUUGUUUUUUUAGGACCAAAAAUAGAGCCUAUUUCUAAUACAGAAAAUCUAAUAUGAAAAUCUUAAAAUAUGCAGAUUUUUUUUCUCCCCCAUUUCCAUUGUACAUAAAGAGAAUUCAGGGUUGUUGUUGUUUUAUUUUUGGUUUUUUUUACCGUAACGUUUGGCGUCAUAAUUAUAGGAGAUGCUUUUAUCUUUACGGCGAGUGGCAAACACUCUUGUUCAGCCAUCAUACCGAGCUCAGGUGAAAUUGCAGAAACGCGUGCCGGCUUAUUGUUGUGAAUCGACUCGCAAGCUAACAACUCCUCUUUAGUGCGAGCGGCGUGCAGACGACGACGAUGAUGAUGAUGAUGAUCGAAAUAUUUUUUUAAAAAGCAACACUGUGUUUGAUUCACGCGAGAGCUGGACAGUGCGUGAGGAUGUUUUUUUUUGUUUUUCCAUCUACCGCCCACAGGUAGAGAGACUGAGGUUUUGAACAGUGGCAGCCUUUUUUUUUCCUCCGUGUGACGCCUAUUAAAAUAUUUGACAGACUUUAA